CUUUAAGCAGCAGCAGCAGCAGCAGGCGGCUCUCUGGGUGUUUUUUUGUGUUGCUGUGAAACGCUACAGUGUCGCUCUCUGUAUCUCAGUAUGCUGAGGCCAUAAACAAAGCCCGACAGGCUGCUCUAUCCCACCGGUACAGAGCCUCAGUCUCAGUCUCAGAGCGGGUUCACCGCGGUGUGUCUCCGGGAGAACAGGCGGACUGAGCUGCGGGCUGAGGAGGGGGAUCCACAGGGCGACAUGCGGGCGAGCGGUGGCCGCGCUGAGGGGCUCCACGGCCGGUUGGGGUGGAGAGGGAGGCUGGGGCAGACCGCGGUUCUCCGGUAAACUCUCUCUCGGUACAGAGAGAAAUAUGUGUCUGACAGAGCUGAUAAAGCUCCUACACUCUCUCUACUGAGCCCUUUAUUAUUGUAAUUGAACAUUUCUCCCUAUAAUAAACACGCUUUUACCGGACACGAUGCUGACUGGCUCUAAAACCACCUUUAAAGUCAGGCAGAUGCCGGAUAUAAAGGAAAGGAUAAUGAACCAGAGUGGUCUACAUGCCCGGGGGAGAGACAUGUUUGGCUUGUGCUGUUUACCAGGGGAGUGUGUGCUACAGAGGGCAGUGCUGGUGAGGAAGAAGCUGUCUCCUAAAGAAGGAGGAGGCUGGCUCUCCGGCACUUUGUUCUGCACCCACUUUAGAGUCGCUUUCGUACCACAAGACAGUCCACGACCAGACGACAAUGCUGAUCCCGUGCUCCUCGGGGACCACGAUGUGGCGCUGGCCUCCAUUGAGAAGGUUGUGGCUGUGGGACCAUCGAGGACCAAACUGGUGACCCCCAGUUCGUCUCUGAAGUUCACCCCCGAGGAGCUGAUCCUGUACUGCAGAGACCUGCGGGUGCUCUGCUUCCUGUUCGACCGGCUCACUCCUGAUACCCAGGCUGUAGAGAUUACCUACACCAUUGCCAAGACAUACCAGCCACUGAAACCUGGAACCAUCCUGUCCUUCCAGAACGCUGCUUUGGGGAGUAUUGAAAUGAAGCAGUUCCUGAGUAACCGGCGGCGGGACUCUGGAAUGAACUGGUUCGAGAGUUCGGGAGACUGGGAGCAGGAGCUGGAGAGGACUGGUGCCACUGGCUGGAGGGUCAGCUCUGUUAACGACCGCUUUGAAAUGUCCACCAGCCUCUCCAGGUUUAACGUGGUUCCUCAGAAGGUCCUGGACACAGAGCUGAAGAAAACGUUCGCCCAUUUCAACGAGGGCCGCAUCCCUCGCUGGGUUUGGCGGCAUCCCCACGGCAGUGACCUGCUCCGGAUGGCCAGCUUCCAGAACAACAUCUACCACGAGAAGGACGAUAUACGGAACCUGGAGCUGAUUCUUUUCGGUGGGCAGUCUCAGUGUAUAGUGGUGGAUCUCGGGGAUGAGAUGCCCUCACCUGCAGACUUGCAGCUCGCCCACACGCGCCUGCGCACCCUGUGUCUCGGGGACAUUUCCUCAUCCGUGUCCGUGCCAGAUGACAAGUGGCUUUCCAGUCUGGAGGGCACCCACUGGCUGGAUUACAUCAGGUGCUGCCUGAGAAAAGCUGCAGAGGUGGCCUGUUUGCUCAGAAGAGGUCACCUGACCGUUGUGUUGCAAGAGCCGGAGGACCGGGACAUGAACUGCGUGGUGUCCAGUCUGGUGCAGGUGAUGUGUGAUCAGCACUGCAGGACAGUAGCAGGAUUUCAGGCUCUGGUGCAGAAGGAGUGGGUCGUGGCGGGACAUCGCUUCCUCAGCCGCAUUAACUACCACCGAGACAGCGACAAAGAAGAGGCCCCCAUCUUCUUGCUCUUUCUGGACUGUGUGUGGCAGCUGUGGGCUCAGUUCCCCGCCCGCUUCCAGCUGACCGAGGACUUCCUGCUGGCUCUUCACGACAGCCUGCACCUGCCUCUCUUCAGCACCUUCCUGGCCAACUGCCAGCGGGAGCGGUGCCGACGCUCUCAGAACUUGCCGCAGAGCUACACGCCUGUAAAUGGUCUAAGGGAGUUACCCAGAGGCUCGGUCGAGGAGCCAGUGGACCCUCCGUACCCGCCCGUGUGGGACUGGGCCUUACAGUACAGCACCCAGAGACGUGCCCUCUUCACCCAGCCUGUCUGCCAGCCCAGUACCCCCGCACCCGUCCUCAACGGCAACUUCAACACCAACCUGGGGCCCAACUGGAUCAGUGACGGGGUCCCGGGCUCGGUGUUCCUCCUCUCUCGGAGCUUGUUCUCCUGCCCCUCUAACCUGCUGCCGUGGAGGAGUGGUGGAGGUUCAGUCUCAUACAGGAAGAGUCACCGCCGAGCUCCGUCCUCAGAGAGUCUGCCCGCUCUGGAGCGCCUCAUUAAAGCCUGUGGCCAGCCAGACCCCCUACAGGACAUCCACGACCCCCACCAACCCCUCAUCCCCCUCCUGCUGGGGCCCUGCGUCCGCAUCUGGAGGAACUGCUACCUGAGAGGGGCACUGCAUGCGCAGGCUUUCACACACCCCAUGUCUUCUAACGCGAGGCACCCUGUGGAGCGUCUGGCCUCUGAGGUGGAGCACCUGCGGGAGCGUUUAGCCCAGGCCUCUGUGGGACGACCUCCGAACCGCAAGAGACACGAGCACCGCCGCCUCGACUCCAACCUCAACCAGAACACCAACAAUGGCACCUUCCUCUUCUCCUCCUCCUCCUCUUCAUCCUCCUCAUCUUCCUCAUCAUCAUCCUCUUCGUCCUCCUCUUCGUCCAGGGCGUCCCAGCAGGAGAGCCCCAGCAGGUUCUCUGCCCGUCCCCCCGCAGCUGCCCGAUACAGAGACGGUGGUGGAAAACACACCUUUCUGUUUGGCCACCAGGGGGAGCCGCAGGGCAGCCAGCGCUAUGCCCCCUGCCCCGGUGCCAAACUGCCCAAGAACAGUGGUCCAUCAGGGGCCAAGACACACUGAGCUGUAGGUAGGGCAUUAAAAAAAAAAAAAUAAUAAUAAUAUUAAUAAAAAACAAAUAAAAACAUUGCACUUGUGACUGUUAGUGAAAAAAACCUGCUGGACCAACCGUUAGCAAUAUUACACAUAACUGUAAAAUAAAAAUAUAAAGACUCUAGCACUUUGCAUACCCACCAGCCUGCUUAAGGUGGAAUUCUUAAAAUAAUACUCAGCUUUCAGCCUAAUCUGCUGUAUCUGUAGUUUAGGAAGAGCUGUAGGACUUUAGCCUGGACUCUGUUGUUGCUGCAUAUUGUUGUAUUGGACCCAAGCCAAUCCCUGCAUCUGGUAACUAGUUACACUUGAAAAAAUUAUAUUAAAAUAUGAUAUUUUGGGCAUUGCUCUUGCUGAUGAGUCAUUAUAAGUAUUUGCCAUAUUUGGAUGCAGACUUGAGCCUGUCAAUAUAGAAUGUAAAUCUGCUUAAUUAUAUAAUUUAAUUGUUUCAAAUUAAUUAUUUUAAGCAUUAGUUGUGUUGUUCUAGGUCUGUAGAGCUAUGGCACACAUAAAAAAAACAUUAGAAGUUAUAUUUAUUCGAUUGGGUCUCAAACAGUCAUCACCCUCCUUAAAUUCAGUCUUGACUACAUUUUAAACCCUCUCACCAACUUUCUGACUUUUUUUUUGACAUAUUGACUUGGUCUUAACCACAUUUAAACCCUUUCUGAACUUGGUCUGGACUCUCUAUAGACUCUAUUGUUUUUGGCCCCAUUUAGACCAUUUUGUCUUGACCUAGAGUAUAUCUCAACCUGGUAUUGACUCUAUUUAAAAUCAGUGUUAACACAGUUAUGACUUCCUCUCAGACACUUCAAUACUUAGCUUAACUUUAUCUUGGUCUCCCCGUUGAACUCCGUGUUGACUUUACAUGGCCACGACCCCAUUUAGACCCCGUCUUAACUUUGUCUCGACUACCCUUACACUUCAGACUCAGUCCAGAUUCGGUGUUGGACCCUUUUAGACUGUCUUGACUUGGUCUUGACCCCAUUCAGACCCAGUUUGUACUUGGUCUCUACCCUAUUCAGACUCCAUAUGUUUUUUUUUCUAGAUUCAAUAAUUUCCCGGUCUCAAUCUCUUUUAGACUUAGUAUGGGCUUGGUCUCUACCCCAUUCAAACUCGGUAUGAAAUUGGUCUCAACCCUUUUUUUAGACCCAGUAUGUACUUGGUCUCGACCCAUUUGAGACCCAGUAUGUACUUGGUUUUGACCCCUAUUAGACUCAGUAUGUACCUGGUCUGACUCAAUUCAGACUCAGCAUGUACUUGGUCUAAAAACCCAUUCAGACUAAGUAUGGACUUGGUCUCGACCCCAUUUAGACUCAGUAUGGACUUGGUCUUGACCCCAUUCAGACUAAGUAUGGACUUGGUCUCGACCCCAUUUAGACUCAUUAUGUACUUGGUCUCUACCCCAUUCAGACUCGGUAUAAACUUGGUUUUGAACCCAUUCAGAGGUAAUUUGUACUUGGUUUCGACCCCUAUUAGACUCAGAAUGUACUUGGUAUGACUGCAUUCAGACUCCGUAUGUACUUGAUCUCGACCCCUUUUAGACUGUACUUGGUCUAAAAACCCAUUCAGACUCUGUAUAAAAAUGGUCUCUACCUCAUUCAGACUCAGUAUGGACUUGGUCUCGACUCCUUUCAGACUUACUAUAAAAUUGGUCUUGACUCCAUUGAGACCCAGUUUAUACUGGUCUCAACCACUUUUAGACUUAGGUCUUUGGUAUUUUGGUCUCACAUACUGGAGUCCCCUUUGGUGAUUUGUUUUUGGACCCUUUUAGACUGUAUUGACUUGGUCUCGACCCUAUUUAGUCUCAGUAUGUAUUUGAUCUCGACCCCUUUAAGACUCUGCCUGGACUAGAUCUUGUCACCUUUUUGAUUAAUUAUUGUCUUGGCCUUAACAAAUGUAAUUUGGACCCUGGGUGGAUGAUUACUUCGCUACAGAUACAGCAGAUUAAUAUUAGACUGGAAAUGACUUGAGUAUUCCUUUUGAGAGCUGAUGGAUCAUGUGAGCACAACAUUCAGGUUCAUGCAAACUAAGAUCAUUCCGAGAAAAAGCACAGCAUUACUUCAUUCCGAGUGUUUUGAGUAUUUUUCAAAAACACAUUAUUGACUUGUAUAUAGUAGUCUUGUAUUGUAGGGAAUCGUAGAUAUAUAGACAUAUCAUAAGUUCACAGCAUUUCGAGCUUACAUUGUUAUUACAGAGUGUUCUUUGAUUUUGGUCGUAUAGAGAAGAUAAAUUGAGGAUUAGUAGAAAUGAAAUGUGUGUUUGAUGUCCAGCAGUGAUAAUAUGGGCACAUAUAGAGAGGGAGUAAGGUGGGUAGGUAGUAAUGCAGUGUAAUUAUGUGGUUGUUUUUUGUGCUUUGUAACGUGAAUUUGAGUGAAUUACGUAUGGCUUCCAUACGAUAUGCCAAAUAUUCUUUGAUUGUUUAUUGUCUGAAUGGAUUUAAUUGAGUUUAAUUUGAUGAAAAUGGUAUGAAAAUGUUAUCCUUUAACUGGCAGGCUGCUGAUAUGAUUUCGCUUCCAGUCCAUAAAGACGGAAAAAUCGCUGCUGCUGUUCAUUCCAUAAAGAGAGAGAGAGAGAGAGAGAGAGAGAGAGAGAGAGAGAUUUCCCUCGUGAACACUAGAGGGAGACUGUUGGGAAUUAACCUGGAUAUUGUACCACAGUAUCUGUUGCCUGUGGGUGGGAUCUGCACUCAGAGGCACAGUUUUAGCUGUAUAUAUUGCAUUUAUCAGCCUUUAAAUCCAGUAUUAAUUAAAAGAAGUAGAAUUUCAUGCAUUUCAGGAGCUCAGAGGAAGAAAAUCAGCUGUUUGCAUCACUUAAGUUAUUUAUAACUUCCUUCAUUUGCAUUUUCCAAUGAAUAUUUAAGUAUUAUUUCUUACUGUAACAUUAAUGGAGCAUUCUUAUUCGUAUAAUGUGUUAAAUCAUGGGGAAAGAGAAUGAAUCAUAUGAUCAGGUAUGGUUGGAUCCGAUGAUGGUAGGCUCUUCAUUGUCAGUACUCAAUAUUAUUAUACUAAUAUUUAAUAAUUCAGUGUUUUUUAAUGUCAUUUUUAUAUUUGUAUGUUUAUGCUCGGCGGUACGUGGAUGUGUUCACUGGUACUAUAAUAUCAGCAAUAACAGACUUUUGAUGGAGUUUCUGUGCCUCUCCUCUCUGUAUUCUGUAAGUGCAUUUGUGUAUUUGUUUGGUGAAUUUUCACAGUCCUGAGGAAACCUCCGAAACAUCUCAAGUGUUUUGUUUUGAUAUGAUAAUGAUAAUCACACUAGUAGACAAACGAAAUGCUAUUUUUUUUAAAUAGUAAACAUUAAUACCCCACAAACAUAAAAAAACAAGAUCAUUAAGUGUGUGUAGCAAUAAAAUAAGUAAUUCAGUUCAAAAUGUGAAACUCAUAUAUUAUAUAUAAGUAUUACACAAAGAGUGCUCUAUUUUAAAUGUUUAUUUAUUUUAAAAUGCUUUCCUCUGCUGACUACUUUAAUGGAGACACUGCCAAAAGUAUUUUUGAUCUGAUAUAAUAUUCUUAUUAUAAUUUUCUGAGACACAGAUUUUUGGGGUUUUAUUGGCUGUAAGCCAUAAUCAUUAACAAUAAAAUAAAUAAACGCUUAAAAUAGAUCACUCUGUGUGUUUAAUUCAUCUAUAUAAUAUAUGAGCUUCACAUUUUCAACUGAAUUACUAAAAAAAAAUAACUUUUCAGUGAUAUUCAAAUUUUGUGAGAUGCACCAGGUAUGACCUAGUACUGUGUUCUCUGGAAUGAAUGAUGGAACUCCACCUAAUAUGUUUUGGAUGAGUUGAGAAGUUGUGGAUGAUUAGGUCAGAUGAUGAGGUCAUCCAACAUGCUGACAUUUAUUAUUAGACAUAUAAACCACAUAUAUACCACAUGUUCAUGGGGGAGGAACUAGUAUCAUGUCUUGUCAUGACUAGAUGCUACAUCAUCGGGUCUCGGGGGUCAGAUGAUUGUGAGGUCUUAAGGUCAUGACUUCACCUGAGCUUCCUCACUCCUCAACAACGUCAGGUUGUCAUCAGAUUAAGUGAUUUAUUGAGUAUCUUGGUCGGUGUAUCAGGAGCAGGUCUAGGUCUAGUAACUAAGGGGUGUCAGUCAGCAUUGUCAUUAGAGCUGCACGAUAUUGGAACUAAAAUUGACAUGGCGAUAUUGUGUUCUUCUGCAAUAUUAAAAAUAAUGUAUUUUUACAUUUUCAAAUUUCGCAUAAUAUUAGUAAUUUAAUCUGUGCAAUAAUUAUUGUAGUAAAAUAAAUAGUGUUGGAUUAAUCUGGUAGAUACUGCCAUAUACAGUUUUGGAAGAGAAUAGGAGCCUACUUAAAGUUUCUGAAUCAGUUUCUCUGAUUUUGCUAUUUAUAGGUUUAUGUUUGAGUAAAAUGAACAUUGUUGUUUUAUUCUAUAAACUACAGACAACAUUUCUCCCAAAUUCCAUAUAAAAAUAUUGUCAUUUAGAGCAUUUAUUUUGCAGAAAAUGAGAGAUGAAAUUUUAAUGGCUGAAAUAAAGUAAUAAAAAGAUGCAGAGCUUUCCGACCUUAAAUAAUGCAAAGGAAAUAAAUAUUCAUAUUCAUGAAGUUCUAAGAGUUCAGAAAUCAAUAUUUGGUGAAAUAACCCUUUUUUUUUUUUAAACAACUGUUUUAAACAUGCAUCUUGGCAUGUUCUCCUCCACCAGUCUUACACACUGCUUUUGGAUAACUUUAUGCUCAAACUCCUGGUGCAAGAAUUUAAACAGUUCAGUUUGGUUUAAUGGCUUGUGAUCAUCCAUCUUCCUCUUGACUAUAUUCUAGAGGUUUUCAAUUUGAUGAAGUAAAAUAAAAAAACUUCUAGAACAUGACCUUAUGGAGGUUUCCUCAAGGCUGGGAUGAUGGCGAUCAAUUAAAAACUAUUUUAACAUGUUAAUAAGGGCCGGUCUGAGUGGUGUUGAGUUUUUACGUGGUGAAAGAUGUGGUGUUGAAGAUGAUGAUGACUGACUGCAUGGUGGUUUUACUGCAUGUCUGUUGUGUGCGCUCUCUGUCUGUAUGUAGUCUAUGUACUUGAACUUAAAAAACAACAUGGUACUUGUGGUGUUAAAAAAGGUACAUUGCUCUGUAAUUGAGGUCAGAGCAGUGCAGUGCAGGCUCAGAGCAGAACCUGUUGAAUUAGAGUGGGUUAUAUAAAGUGCACUUGAAGUAGGCGACUGCUGGAAAAAUGUGCCUACAUCCGCUUUCUGCCACGACUACACAGCGACUCGGAGAGCUCCCGACUCCUACGGACCGAGCACAGAGCGCCGCAGUGUUUAUCAGCCGCCUGAGCGUCAGCUUACGCAAGCACGGCUUCCGUUCAGGGAAACCAGCGCGCUCCUGUUCCUGCUAAUUGAUCUUCCGCAGUCAUUCUUCGCCGGCUGAAUGGAGGGAGUGAGUUAUGGCCGUGGUAUUGUGCUGUUCUCACUCGCAGAGCUGCUGGGAGGAGGACUCAUUUCCUCUUUUUCCUUUUCUGAUUUCUAUCAAUGUACAACAAUGUACAGCAGUUAUAGAUCAAUAAAUCUAGACCUCACUUAACUACAAA